GUGACGUAAUUGAAUAAUUUGUGUACGAGAGCCGCUUGUGUUUUUGGAAUUUGUUAUUAAUUUAUUUAUAUUCAUUAUUCAAAAUGAAAUCAUUCUUUAACAGAAACUGAUAAGCCAAAAAAAUUUGAAAAUGGCUGAAGAUAAUAUUUUAAGCAGUGAUAAUUGGAAAACGUGGGAUAAGCAGGGAAAAACAGACUUUUUGAAAAAAUGCAAGAGUUACCUGAAGUCAUCUGACAGUCCAGUGUUCUCUGGAGAACAAAACGUCUCUGGAUUAACUAGGAUUGUCUAUGACCUAAUACUUCACGGAGUUAAGGGACCAUUGAAAAAGGAGAAUGCUGUCUCCACUCUAGCUGAGAUAAUUAAUUAUCACAGUGAUAUGCCGUCCUUGAUUCUGGAUGUGAUAAACGUGAUCGAUGCCGAAACUUCAGGUCUAGAUCCUUCAACUGAUGAAAGAUCCAACCUGGGGUUCAUUGUCAAAGAGUCCGAGAAGAUGUUAUCUGAGAAACUCCUCAAAGAAAGACUGGAAAUUGAUUCCCUGCAAGAAAUAAAAAUAUUGAACAAUAGAAAUUUCUAUACAAAAUUUAUUAAAGUGAAGACGAAACUAUACUACAAACAAAGAAAGUUCAAUCUAUUCAGAGAGGAGAGUGAAGGGUACGCCAAGCUGAUAUCUGAGUUAAAUCAAGAGAUAACUGAAAAUGUCAGACCUGCUCAAAUACUGGAAGCUAUCAAGUCACUUAUCGGUUGCUUCAACCUUGACCCGAAUCGAGUGCUGGACGUGAUUUUGGAUUCGUUCGAGAAUCGACCGAACCACACUGAUUUCUUCAUACCUCUGAUCAAGUCGUACAUGCCGGAUCCGAAGAUCUUGUCGGAAGUUCUGGGAUUCAAGUUUUCGUUCUACCAGAGUGGACCGGAUCGCACUCCCAAGUCGCUGUUCCUAGUGGCUGCCAAAAUGCUACAGCAUGGUGUUAUAGCUUUGGACGAUAUCUAUCCUUGGUUAACACCCGAUGACAAAGUAAUAACGAAAGCGUGGGAGAAAGAUUUGCGAGAUGCGAACGAGUAUGUGAGAAAACUGAAUAUCGUUUCGAUUAAGGAGAAAGAGAAGGAAGAACAGCCCGAAGAAAAAGAAGACGAGAUGGAGAAGUUUGAAACGAAUCAAAAGUUUGGCCUAUGUGAAGCUCUACUGCAAAUCGGCGACUGGGGCAACACACAGCUUUUGUGCAAGAAAUUGCCAGAUCAUUGUGUGAUGAACGAAAUACCUGUGGCUCUGGCAUUGUGCAAAUUACUGCAUUCACUCAUUGAACCUGUUUACCGCAGAAAUUGUGGGCUGGGGCCAAAAAUCAAGGGUCUGCCAACUGCCCCUCCGAGCAGCCCUCUGGCCCCUAAGCCAGCGUCGACGUUUCUCGAAAUGCGGUCACACAUUGUCCCCAUGCUGAUAGCUCUGGGGCCUUCGCUGCAUUACGACAUGGUUCUACUGUACAAAGUAUUGAGAGUGCUGCGGUCGUCUCUGGUCAAGUCGGGCGUAGAACCGAGUACAGGACCCCCCGAGGGGGAUUCUCUCUACCAUGACACCCUCACCAUUCUCGACGACGUCAUCCUGCCGACUCUCUCCUACCUCGAAUCCAACUGCUGUGUGGCCGAAGAAAUCUGGGGAAUAAUCAGAUUGUACCCCUAUCACUGCCGAUACUGCCUCUACAGCAGAUGGAAGAACGAGACCUACAAACACUACGCGAAACUAAUUAGACGAAAAGGGGAGACCGAGAAAAAGAUCAAAGCACUCAUGAAACGAGUCAGCAAAGAGAACGUGAAACCAGUUGGGCGACUUAUCGGCAAAAUCACUCACUAUGCUCCUGGAUAUUUAUUUGAUUACAUGCUGGGCCAGUUACAGAUUUAUGAUAAUCUUAUAGUUCCGGUUGUGGACUCUCUGAAGUACUUGACGUCCAUGUCCUACGAUAUUCUUGGGUAUUGUUUAGUGGAAGCGCUGGCUUUGAGUGAAAGGAAUAGGUUCAAACACGACGGAACGUCGAUUUCGUUAUGGUUGCAAAGUUUGGCAUCGUUCUCAGGGUUUAUUUUCAAAAAGUACAAUGUGGAACUGACAGGGUUGUUGCAGUAUCUAGCUAACCAGUUGAAGAUGAAGAAAAGUUUGGAUUUGUUGAUUUUGAAAGAAAUCGUGACAAAGAUGGCUGGGAUCGAUACAGCUGACGAGAUGACUGUUAAUCAGCUGGAGGCCAUGGCUGGGGGGGAGCUGUUGAGAGGGGAGGCGGGUUAUUUUAGUCAGAUUCGAAACACUAAGAGGUCCUCGUUGAGGUUGAAAGAAGCCCUAGCCGAACACGAUCUUGCUGUAGCCUUGUGUCUGUUGACAGCCCAACAACGGUACUGUGUGAUUUAUGAGGAGACCGAGAAGAGUCACCUGAAGUUGGUGGGGAAACUGUAUGAUCAGUGUCAAGAUACUCUGGUGCAGUAUGGGACGUUUCUAGGCUCCACAAUGUCCAUGGAGGAGUACAUUACUAGACUACCGUCUAUACACUCUUUACUAGCCGAGUAUCACAUCCACACGGACGUAGCUUUCUUUCUAGCUCGCCCCAUGUUCACACACGCGAUAAACUUGAAGUACGACACCUUGCGAAAAUCAGACCCAAAUUGUAAAAAGCUGACUAGCUCCCAGAAACAACAGAAGUACUGUGAGGCAGUGUUGGACGUAAUGGCGCCGAUUGCUGCUAGUGUGCACCCCCUGCAUCCGGCGAAGGUUUGGGAGGACAUUUCGCCGCAGUUCUUUGUGACGUUCUGGUCGUUGACUAUGUAUGACCUGUUUGUGCCCGUGGAGUCCUACACCAAGGAGAUAAACAAGAUUAAGCAGUUGGCGGCCGGUGUCAAUGAUAGCAAGGAUUUGCCGGCCGGUGUCAAUGAUAGCAAGGAUUUGCCGGCUAGUAAGCAGAAGAAGGAACAGGAACGCUACCACGCCCUAUCCGAGAAACUGCAGGACGAGCGCAAGAAGCAACAGGAACACGUGGAGAAGAUCCAGGCCCACCUGCAGCAGGAAAAGGACUCGUGGUUCCUGUCGCGGUCGGCCAAAACGGCCAAGAACGAAAUGAUCACGCAAUUCCUGCAGCUGUGUCUGUUCCCGCGCUGCAUAUUCACCAUGACCGACGCUGUCUACUGUGCUAAGUUUGUGCACAUUCUGCACAGUCUCAAGACGGCCAACUUCUCCACGCUGCUCUGCUAUGAUCGGCUCUUCUGUGAUAUCACCUAUUCCAUCACCUCGUGCACUGAGAACGAGGCUAAUCGUUAUGGCAGGUUUUUGUGCGCGAUGCUGGAGACUGUGAUGCGGUGGCACUCUGAGAAGCAGAUCUUCGACGAGGAGUGCGCCUUCUACCCGGGCUUUGUCACCAAGUUUAGGGUGAGCAACCAGUACUCAGAGGCCAACGACCACGUCAACUACGAGAACUACCGACAUGUCUGUCACAAGUGGCACUACAAAAUCACCAAGGCAAUGUGCACAUGUCUGGAGUCGAAAGACUACGUGCAGAUUCGCAACGCACUGAUCAUCCUGAUCAAGAUCCUGCCGCACUACCCGAUGCUGACCAAGCUGUCGCAGUUCAUAGAACGGCGCAUCGACAAGGUGAAGGAGGAGGAGAAGAGUGAACGCCAGGACCUGUACACGUUGGCCACCAGCUACAGCGGCCAGCUCAAGGCCCGCGCACCUCACAUGCUCAGGGAGAACGACUUCCAUCAUGUCGGCGAGCGGGUUGCUAAAAGUCAGGACGGCUCAACGAGCUCAGAUCAUAACGCCUCACAGAAUUCCUCUUCCAAGCAAGUCAAUGGUGAAGUCAAAUCAGAAAAAGAAAAGACUGUAUCAAACAGUGACAAGCCAAUUAAGACAGAGAAAGAUGUAGUUGUGGUAAAAGAGAAGAGACAAUUGGUGAGAAUGGGUGCUGGGGGUGACACAGCCAAUAGCAGUUCCAAUAGAACUACUGAAAAUUCUUCUAUUUCAUCGUCCAAAGAGAAGUCUGAAAAAUCUUCGAAAGAUAAGGAUCACAGUGAACAGAAAGAGCAUAAAGCAUCAAAAAGAGAGGAGAAACGUGAGGAGAGCGAGAAACGUAGUAAAGAGAAGAAGGAGGAGAGGUGUUCGAGAGAGUCGAGGGAGGAGAGGAUGUAUCGGGAAGAGAGAGACCGUGACUGGGAGAAAGACCGCGGCGAGUCAACAAUGCCACUCAGCAAAGACGAGACCAUGCGAGGUGGUGGUGGGGGAAGCGGCGGUGGUAGUGGAGGGGGAAGCAGCAGCUACUACAGUGGCGCUGUGACGUCAUCGGGUGGUGGCAACUCUACGAACUACUAUAGUGGCGCUGUGACGUCAUCGGGUGGAGGUGGCAACUCUACGAACUACUACUCGGAGGCAACAGCUGAUCGCGACCGCGCGGGAGAUUUGAGUUCUGUCUCGAACAGCAGUUCGGGGUCGCUGAGAGGCACUGUCGAUAACACACCACCUCCCGCAAGGCGGAGCUCGGAGCCUGAUCAUGACAGAGAAGUGAAGCGACGUAAGGUGGAAGGAGGUGGCAGUAGCUCAUCGAAGUCUUCGAAACACGAAGAAAAACUGGUGAUGAUGGAAAGCGGUUCAAAGAGCAGUUCGGAUAAAUUGGACAAAAAGGAAAGAAGAGAGAAGUCGAAAAAAUCGCUGCUAAAAUCGUCGUUGCGCUCUGCGGAUGAAGCCAACUCCAAAGAACUGAGAAAAGAGAAGAAGAUUGGCAGAAAACGGCAGGAAAGAGCAGAUGAGGCAGCCAUACUUGCUGCUGAACAGAAACGUAGGAAAGAGGAAGAGAAAGCUGUCAAAAUGGCGCUUAACGGUGAUCAACAGGACUCGCAUCGUGAUAAACAUCACUACAGGGACAAGUCUCCAUAUACCAGAGAAGAGCGAUCGCACGAUAGAGAGAGCAGUGGCAGAGAUAAACAUAGAAGGUCAGGAGACAGCAAGAGAAGAUGAUCCAUGCUUGAAGUGGGAGAGACAGAACUGGAAAAUAUCCGUCGUUCGAUUCACUGCGACUUGGGGAAAAAAGUUGGAUGAGUUUAUCAAUAGAUGUAAUUUUUUAUUUAAUUUGAAGUACAACUGUUUGGUGUUACUGUUAGCCUAAAUUCAGUAAAAAUAUCGUUUUCUUUUUCUAAUGGCUAACUACUUGAUUUUUUUAAAAUGGAAGACUAACUUGUUAAGUCAUUUGUGAUCUCUUCUGGAUUAGAAUAUUGUUGUAGUAUGUGUUCUACUUGUAUCGCCUGCAACAAGUAUUCAAAUAAACACUACACUUUUUCAAAA